AUGACGACUUCUCAAAUAACCAUUUGCAUUCUCGGUAUAGCAACUACACUGCUCUGUGCAACUUCUUUCGCACAAGUUGUGAACUUUACUUAUAGUGGAGAUACUGGUCCGCCGUAUUGGAGUCAGUUAAGUCCAGCUUAUGCUGCGUGUUCCAAAGGAAGAAUUCAAUCACCUAUAAACAUCGAAACGAACGAUGCCGUUUAUAAUCCAAACCUCCUGCCACAAUUGUUAUACGGGGAAGGUGUAGGUUCGGUCCUUAUAGACGGAAAGAAGCACAAUUUAUUGCAAUCACAUUGGCAUUCUCCUUCUGAACAUACCAUUGAUGGAAUUCGCUAUGAUGUAGAGCUUCAUCUAGUUCACAAAUCCGAUGACAACACUACUUUGUCUGUCAUUUCAAUCCUGUAUCGAUUAGGAAAACCCGAUUCGUUCGUCUCUCAAGUAAAGGACCAGUUACAUAAAAUGAACAAGAAGGUGCGCAUAUGGACUGUCAAAAAGGUUCCUAUCAAACUUGUUAGAACCGAAGAAUUGAAGUGUACAAUACCAUAUUAUAGAUACCUUGGUUCUCUUACUGCUCCACCGUGUACUGAGCAAGUUAUCUGGACUAUUCUUGGCCAGGUGAGGGAGAUCUCCAAACAACAAGUAGCUGCACUAAAGGCAGCACUGGGUAAAUCGUACCAAAGAAAUGCAAGGCCUCUACAGAAAUUGAACGGGAGGCGAGUAGAAGCUUGGAAAUAG